CUUCGGUUUCUUCUCAAGUUGGGUUGUCCUCGCAACUUUUGUCGAAACUUUGAUGGAAUUAGGCAUUAUCUCUUCAAGUGGUAAAAGAGAUACUGCCAUAAGGAAUUUAAUCUUUGUUUCUUUGUAUCAGUCAAUUCGUAAAUUUCGUUGUCAUUGUAUAGGAGAAAGAACUGCUGCAUUCUGUGGAAUUAAAUUUCUUUUAAUGUGUAUUUUAAUUUAUGUGCACAUUUUAUUUGUACUCGCUAAUGAAACAGUAGAAAAAUACAAGAAUAUUCCAGAGUUGUUCGAUUUUAUUCCUGUAGAAAUUUCUACUUCUGGUAUUGCAAUGAUGGAGAUUUUUUUCUUUAUAAGUGCUUUUCUUCUCUCGUAUUCUCACCAGAGCAGUGUAAACUCAGUAAUGGAUAUUUUUGUCUUCUUGAGAAAGAAAAUCAUCAGGCUGCAGAUGUAG